UGGUGAAGAAAAGAGUCUUCAGUUUGCAUAUGAGUCCAAACUGAAGAGGAAGAACCAGCUACUUGCCAGUCGAUCCAAUAAGCUGAAGCGUUUUGGGGACUUUCUUCCUGAUUUGAUGACUGCAAUUGAUGAGGCCUGUGCUGCUGGACAAUUCCUCAAGAGACCUGUUGGACCAAUAGGGGCAUGCAUCAGUUUAAAGGAUCCCUCUCUGGCUGUGGCUGUGGAGUGCUGUCUGAGAAGCUUUAUGAAGGCUUUCUGCUGUGACAACUACAAAGAUGAGUCUGUCCUGCAGAGGCUCAUGACCCGUUUUUAUCCCAAGGGCAACAGACCACAGAUCGUUGUCAGCGCAUUCUCUAACAAACUUUACAAUGUUCAUCAACGAAAGGUGCGUUAUCCAGAUUACCCAACUGUGUUGGACACAAUCACAGCAGCUAACCCGAUCAUCAUCAACUGUCUGAUUGAUAUGAGGGGGAUAGAAACUAUUCUCAUAAUCAAAGAAAAGAACAAAGCAAGGGAAGUCAUGCAGAAAGGCCGGCCACCUAAAAACUGUCGUGAAGCUUUCACAUCAGAGGGAGAUCAGGUGUUUCCAAACCGUUAUUACACCUCUGAAUUUAACGUGGCCAAAUACCUGAGUGGAGACAUUGAGACUGAAAUAAGAGCUCUGAGAAUCAGGUGAAAGCAGCAAUAACUGAGCUGGAGACGGCUGUGGAGGAGCAAAGUGAUGACAUCAGCUCUUUGGUAGACGUUGCCCAGGAGAACCAACAGAAAAUUGAAGCAGAAAAACAAAUCGUUCAGGAGGCAAAGUCAGAAUUUGACAAGCAUCAAAAAGUGUUAGAAGAUGCAAACUCCAAGUAUUUGUCGGUUAGAAAUAAAAUUGAUCAGCUUUCAGAAGAAAUUGAGUCUUUGAAGGACGAGCAGGUGAAACUGGAGGCAGAGUGUGUGAAACAUGAGAGAAACCUGAAAAUCUUAGAGAAAAAACUAAAGACUCAUGAGGACAAUAUCCAAGCCAUGAAAAAUGAACUGUCUGAAAAAGAAGAGGAGUUAAAGGAAUCUGUGGCCAAAGUCUCACAGAUCAGUCCUGAACGGCAGAGCAUCACCUGCAGCACCAAGAGCAUCGACACCGACAUCAUCCGACUGAAGAAGAAGCUGAAGGUCUACGAGAGCAACUAUGGCGAGCAGGAGCAGGUGGUCAGAGAGUAUGCUGAGGCCCUCUCCCUCUACAAAGACAAAACCAACCAAGUCAGAGAUCUGCAGAAGUUCAUCGAUCGGCUCAAAAACAUCAUGUCAGACAGACAGAACAGAUACAAAAUACUGCGGCGGUCCCUGUCAGUCAGAUGUAAGUUAUACUUCAAUAACUUCCUGAUAAAGAUGAACUGCUGCGGCUCCAUGAUAUUUGACCACAACAAUGAGACCCUUUCCAUCCUGGUGAAGCCUCCAGGCAGGGAGAAGGAUGGAGCGAGUGACAUGAGAUCUCUGUCAGGAGGAGAACGCUCCUUCUCCACUGUCUGCUUCAUGCUGUCGCUGUGGGAAAUCACAGAAUCACCGUUCAGAUGCCUCGAUGAGUUCGACGUCUACAUGGACAUGCACAAUCGCAGAAUUUGUUUGGAUCUCCUCCUGGAGCUGUCAGAGCGGCAGCACCUUCGGCAGUUCAUCUUCAUCACUCCUCUGAACACCAGGUUCCUACAGACAACCGCCCUAAUCAGGAUCCACCACCUCCAUGAUCCUGAGGGACAGGAGAGUCGAGCCGGAGACGCACAGUCGCAGCGACACACAAGCUGAACUGUGUUCAUGCACAGUCUGAGCUCAGUGUGCGACAGAUACUGUGGCUUAUUCAAUCAGUGUUUUCACACAACCUAAUCAUUUCAAUUUAUAUAUGUGUGGGGUUUUAUUUUAUUUUUUGUUUGUUUUUACAAGUACAAGUAAAAACUGAAGACUAUUUUUGUUCUUUA